AAUGCAUCCUCUACAUAGCAUCACCAAAAACCCGUCCAUCUCCGUCAAGCAGUCUAGUCAAUUGACCAACACCGCCAGCGAAAUGUGACUCGCAGUGUGCAUAGGGCUGUGAAAGUGAGUAAUGCGGCUCUUCAAUUACGGAACCCACCGCUUAUUCGGUGAGUUCCUGUAUCUACUGUACGUACAGUACAUACAUACUAUGUGCUAUCCAAUAUACAACUUGAAUGCCAUGUCAUACAUAUACCUACACACAUACAUGGGUUGGGCUGUCACCAGAUUAGUUGCGUCAAGUGGAACACCAAGACUUGAACGCCGAUUGGGCUUCAAUAACCUAAAAAAUACCCUUACCGAGGGGGGCUGCUUAUGUGUUCUAUAGCGUACCUAAUUAUCUACCCUAAGUACAUAUAACACACGAGACAUAUUAUUGGCUCGUUGCUGUUCAUUACCAACUUAGGUAUACCUCUGCUUGUCUUUGCAACCAUCGCAGCUCCGGAGCAUUACCGAAGCGCUUACGCACCUAUCAAUCCUGCCCUGUUUUGUUUCGCCUAACCUGACCACCACCACCUUGAAUCAAAUAGCCUAUAUUCGAGACUCCUAGCGACUUAGCCCAGGCACCUGUAUUCUUUCUAAAUACCUGCCUAUUAUCACCAUGACAGAGACCGAACUCCCCAGCCCGCCCUUCCUGCCAGUUCCGGGCUUAGCCAACUUCCGCGAUAUCGGAGGGUAUCCUGUUUCCGGUUCAGGCCUCAGUUCGGGCCCGGGCUCUGGGAAAACAACGGUUGUGCGCCGCGGAUUAGUAUUCCGGUCCUCCGAGCCAUCCAAAGUCACUGCCGACGGGAUAUCAAAACUACAGGCCUUAGGUAUCGAGAAGGUAUACGACCUGCGCUCAGCUGUCGAGAUUGAGCGUGGACUACAGGAGGGCCAUGGAUGGCAAGUCAAAGAAUGGGAGGGCGCCAGCCGUGUCUUCGUGCCCGUCUUCCUUGAUCAGGAUUACUCGCCGGAGGCUUUGGCGCUGAGAUACAAGAACUAUUCCGCAGAGAGCUUCGAGGGUUUCGUGGCGGCAUAUAGCGACAUCCUGGCCGCCGCCGCCGCCCCAAGCAACACCUACCAACCGUUCAAGACGAUCCUGGAGCACCUAGCUUCCCCGUCAUCCUCAUCCUCAUCCUCAUCUCCAUCGCCGGCCCCCUGCCUAAUCCACUGCACAGCUGGGAAGGACCGCACGGGCGUGAUCUGCGCCCUUAUCUUGAGCGUGUGCGGCGUGGCAGACGAUGUCGUCGCGCACGAGUAUAGCUUGACGGACCUGGGGCUGAAGUCGCGCCACGCAGAGCUCAUCUCCCACCUGAUGGCCAACCCAGCGCUGCGCGAACGUCCCGAAGGGGCCAUGCGGAUGAUCUUGUCACGAAAGGAGGCUAUGCUGGGCACCUUAGCUAAAAUCCGUGAAACCUACGGCUCGGUCGAGAAGUGCAUUGUCGAUCUGGGGUUACUCUCGCCCGAAGGGGUCAAGCAAUUACAGCGAAACUUGGUCGUGGAAACGGAUGAAGAGGCGAUUCCGUGGCAAAGUCAUGCUGAGCUUCUGGUAUAAAAUAAAGUUGUUUUUGGGUA